AUGCUUGCUUCUAAGCCCUCCAGUGUUCCAAUGACUCCAAAUCUGAAGCUCUCUAAUACUGAUGGUGAUCUGCUUCCAGAUAGAGAGGCUUAUAGGAGUUUAGUUGGCCGGUUGAUGUAUCUCUGCAUCACCAGACCAGACAUCACCUUUGCUGUGAAUAAGUUGUGCCAGUUUUCCUCUGCUCCUCGCACAACACAUCUCAAGGCUGUUCACAAGGUACUUCAGUAUUUGAAGGGGACUAUUGGCCAAGGUCUCUUAUAUUCAGCUGAUGCAGACCUUACCCUCACUGUGCUGAUGCUGACUGGGCAUCAUGUCAGGAUAGUCGGAGGUCCACUACUGGUUUUGCUAUGUUUCUUGGUUCCUCUUUGA